CAACAGCAACAACAACAACAACAACAACAGCAGCAGCAACAGCAACAACAACAGCAGCAGCAGCAGCAGGCACAGCAACAACAACAACAGCAACAUUUGGGCUGCCACAGCAGUGGAGGAAGUACCUGCGGUGGGGGCAGCGGCGCCCACCCCCACAACACCUGCACCGCCCCCCACACACCCACCUCCAUCGCCCCCACCACUGGAUUCAACGAACACACCGGGCAUCCUGCGCCGUCGCUAUUCUCAACAGCCAAUGGAGUAUUUCCGCGGAAGAGUCCACCAAUCAGCACACAGAACCCCAACCAUAUGACGAGUCACGUGACAACACUGCCCUCGUCCAUUGGCCGACUCACUCUAGGACUGGCCAGUCACUAUGUAUCGCCGCCAAUACCUGAACAGGAAGAAUUACAAUCACCCGUGAGCUCUGGUUUGUGUGAUGUUAGACUUUCCUAUGACAACCGUCUAUCGUUUGAAGCGACACCUCAUACAGCCAGUAACCUGUACAAUCUGGCCCCAGCAGGAGGUGUGUCGCCGCCCCCAUCGCCACCUACAGCAGCGUCUCCAGUACCCACUAUGGCACCUGGGCACGGAGCGUCCAGUCCUGGGGCAGGCUUGGCCAGCCUCCACCACGCCAUCCACGGCCUCCACAACCUCCACAAUCUCCACAACCUACAAAACUUUCACAACCUGCAGCAGAACCUACAGACGCAGAUGGCAGCGCUAGCGGGGCUCCAAGGUGGUCUUGGAGUCCCAGGCGUCGGCUCCCUCCUACACCCUCACCUAGCCCAACACAACCCAGCUGCGGCGGCGGCGGCGGCGGCGGCGACGGCGGCGGCGGCGGCAGCGACGGCGGCGCAACCUCCCCCCGGCGGCCUCAACAACUCCGCGGCAGCCAACAACGCCUCCACCGUCCCCCAGAUGGUGCUGACCUCCGGACAUGUCACGCAGGGUGUCCAGGGUGCCCAGCUCCUCGUUCCCACCUCCCAGGGCAUUGCAGUGCAACCCAUCUUGACCAUUCCUUUGGGUCAAGCCGGAGUACAAGGAUCCACGCUGAUGAACCCACUUGUACCCCUUCACCACCUGCCCCAGCCCGGCCCACAUCCCCAGCACACAGGUUCUACAAAUUCUUCGCCACUGCCACCUUCUUCCUCCUCUAACUCCUCUUCUUCCUCCUCCUCCUCUUCCUCCACAGCGGCCGCCCCUCAUCCCCUCUUGGGUCUGGCCGGCAUCCCGCCCUCCCUAUUCCACGCCCACCACGUCCACAACAACAACAACAACAACAAUAACAACAGUAAUAAUAAUAACAACAACAACAACAUGGGCAGUGACAAAUCUAAACUGCCCCUCCCCCUCUCCUCCCCAGUUACAGCUGAUCCCGUGGGUGGUUUGGGUGGCAGAUUAGGCGGCCACUACCCAGCACCGCCCCCGCCACCAGCAGCUAGAUACUCACCAGACUUCCUUGACAACCACAACCAGCCCACUAUCAGCCAGUCUACAGGCAACCUGGUGGACGGCGUCAAUCUAGAUGAAAUAAAGGAGUUCGCCAAAGCUUUCAAGAUCCGCAGACUGUCUAUGGGACUGACCCAAACACAGGUGGGGCAGGCUUUGAGCAUCACCGAGGGCCCCGCCUACUCCCAGUCGGCCAUCUGCAGGUUUGAAAAACUAGACAUCACGCCAAAAAGUGCACAAAAGAUCAAGCCAGUUCUAGAGCGAUGGAUGCAGGAAGCGGAGGACAGGUACAAGAACGGGCAGCACACCCUGACGGAGUUUAUGGGUUCUGAGCCCACCAAGAAGAGGAAGCGACGCACCAGCUUCACCCCUCAAGCUCUAGAGGUCCUCAACGCACACUUUGAGAGGAACACACAUCCUUCUGGCGCAGAGAUCACAGCCUUGGCAGAGCAGCUUGGGUAUGAACGCGAGGUAGUCAGGAUCUGGUUCUGCAACAAGCGUCAAGCACUCAAGAACACCGUCCGCAUGAUGGCCAAGACCAGCCCAACUGCCCCUCCACCACCACCACCAACGCACCCAAACCUUAAUUAGAUGUUGACGAGGUGUCCAGCAGAUGUUUGGCCGGUAAUGGUCAUCCAUGAGCCUCGAGGAAUCGCUAGUUGCCACUAUGACACGCCGAGAUAACAAUGACUGUGACGGAGCUUAUCUUGGGCACAAAGAUUGAAGCUACACAGCCGACCCACACUACUUUCAACCAGCCUUCUCUACAUAGAUUGAAAUUGAUGGCUUGGCUGCACAACAGACUUAUCAGCACUUGAAUGUUAUUUAGCAAAGCACUCAAACCUUCAGCAAUGCUGACACUGUGUGGUGAGUCCAGGACGGUUAAGUUGCCCUAAAAAUAAGGUGUUAUUUGAACAUGAAAUGAAGCUGACCUGUAAAAAUGCUUGUAUUCUGUGUAUAAGAGAAAAUCACAACAGAAAGUCAGUCGCUAUGAAUACAAUGUCUGAGGUGCAAAUGUCAAAGAACCAGUUCGUAUUCUUGUACAAAUUUCUCAAAUUAAAUUACAGUGAGCAACAGCAUCGGUCUGCUGGCAUACGAACACUUGAAGAUAUAACUUGUAAGGUGCUGGAGGUGGCGUUAGAAAUGAAGAGAAGCUGAAAGAUCCUAAAUUUGUCUUGAAAUGAAAACUGAUACUAUACACUAAUAUGAAAUUUCCAUCAGUGAAUUUAGUUUGUACCACUAUUAUGUAUUUAGCAUUGUACUACGGUAUUAUUCCCGAGGUACUGAUAUAUAUAUAUAUAUAUAUAUAUAUAUAUAUAUAUAUAUAUAUAUAUAUAUAUAUAUAUAUAUAUAUAUAUAUAUAUAUAUAUAUAUAUAUAUAUAUAUAUAUAAAUGCAUAUGUGUGUGUGUAAGCAUUUGAGGUUCCUGGAAAGAAGUGCCCAAACAGUAUUUAAGACUAAGCAAAGCAGUGUACCAUUUGGGGCAAGGUUUCUCCCUGGUAUAAGGCAAGAUAUUUGAACGUUUUCCCAAAGCAGUAAUAAAGAUGCUUAUGGAGGAGUACUGCAUGCGUUAUGAGUUGGUUGUAUCAGUGCUGCUGAACCUAAAUGACCGAAAAAUGUCAUGAGACCCCCAGACUUGGUGUGUUGAGUGAUAUGGUGAUGUUAUGUGAACUCUGUGAGGAGGCAUGAGGCUGCACUCAACCUUUGUACCACUGCAAAGGUUAAUGCUUUAGUCUCAAUCUAUGGAUAACUCAUAUAGAGUUUAAACUAUAUUAUAAAAUGAACUAAAAGAUUAUUAUACUGCUUCGUAUGACAAAGUGAACUUAUGUUACGCCAGAGCGUGUAAUAACUAUAGAAACUGACACAAUGUGUAAUUAUAAGUACAUUUAUUCGUCUUUAAAGAAAAAAAAAUUCUUUGUCGUUAAUAUUCUUAAGCUUUUUGAAAUACUUGCUGUAUCCAUGAACUAGUGAUCGACAGCUGGUGAGGGACGGCGUGGUCCGGGCUGGGGCCCCAACGCCCCGCUAAGUCAUAUCAUUAUAGCGUCUGCUGCUCCCUGGUUGUCUGUGCUGUUUGUAUUUGUGUCACGUAAUGUAGGAGGAGACAAGCUGCUGUAUGUGCCCACCUGGUGUAUGCUGCCUGCUAUUGUCUGGGCAGAAGCAACACUCGCGUGCCAUCCUAGACCCAUUGUAAAGUAGAUCAAUCUCACCAUCAGAGUGGCCACUGUGAUUAUACCGUAAAGGACCACCGCAGUGACUACCAAGAUUACUUUAAGUACUGUAGCCAUAAGAUUAUGUCCCUAACUCUAGAACCACUAGAGCGGCUCACGAGAAUUAUAUCACGUAACUUGACAACCACUGCGGUGGCCACUAACACAACUUUCCCCUAGUGUAUGAACUGCUUGAGUAGUCACCAAGCCUGUGUAGGUGGCGAGGUGCUGAUGUGAGAGGAGAAAGAAAUAUUCACGAAUUUGGCCACAACCCAGCAGCUCCUCUGGGGCGUCCUGUGAGGCUGUUGUACCAGCAACUACUGUAGUUUUAUUCCUUCCCUUGGUGUGUUGUUACAGAAGGUGAAGCAGGAACCUAUGACCGGUAAACAGUUGUAUGUUAAAGUUGAUGCAUAUGUUAAUGCACUCGUUACAUAUGCCUAGGCCUGAUGAAUGUUAACUUUCUCAGAUCACUAUGUUUUUAUUCUUGAUUUAAGAGUUUUCUAAAAAUUAUUAAUAAUUUCUCAACUAUGUUGUAAAUCUUUAUAUUGUUUUUUAUGAAUAUAUUAUAUUGUAAUUUCAAUUAACUUUAGAUUGAAUAUAUUUAUUCACUUUUAAAUCUUUUCAUCAUAUUUUUGUUGUGUAUAUAUCUGAAAUAGUCCAAUAGACCACAAGUAAUGUAUGUACACUCCAGAUUCUUCAAAUUAGAGCAUUACUUGUUAUUUAGUUUGUAGAUAGUACUCUAAUACACUUCACUUUAAUUUAAUUAAUGAAGUUAAUCAUAACCUAGUCAUUUUUUCAAUCACAAGUUUCAUCAGUUUAUUACUACUUGUCACAAAGAAGACUUGUACAAGAAUAUCAUAAUACCUUCUUUAAUGUCGUCCAUUUUCAUCACAACAGUAACAGAUUUGAAAAAAAAAUGUAUGUUUUUGACUGAUGUGCAUGACACAACCAGCCCCCAACACCUGAAGUGUCUGGGAUACUGAUGCAGUCUUAACAGGAGACAAAAUUAUCAUGUGUUCUCAAGUUGGCUCAUGGUCGCCUUGACCUGCCACUCAGACAAGCAGUAAUAGCAACUUUUAGAGUAAUAGAAUAAAAAUUUGUCCUCCCCUGCCCCCGAGUGUUAGUCAACGAGGAGUGCGGUGGACUUGCCCGAGAGCAGCUCAGAUAGGUCCCAGCAACAUUAACAUAGGCUUCAAAUGAUUGUUAGGAUUUUUUUUUGUUUUGUUUGUAUUCUGUGAUAUUUAUUUUGUGCCAAUCGUUGAAGUGGUGAGACAAUGUGUGCCGCUUUGGACAGUUCUAACAUAUUCCAGCCUGGUAGCUGCUUCUGUGUACAGUGUGUAGCUGAGAGGAGGCCCAUGUGGUCACUUUAUGCAUCUAAUAUUGUACAGUUGAUGUAUGUAUAUGUAUUUUCCUUUUAUGUCCAAGACAUAAUGCUGCAUUUGCUAAUCAAAAUGAAGCUAGUUCUCCCACUGUGGCAUAAUGCAUUUCUGAAUACCGUGGUAGUGACCCGCUGCCACCCAAACACGUGGGCUUCACUAUGGAUAUAUUGAUCCUGCCCCUGGGGUUCCCGUUAUACCGUUGUGAUGUAAUGAUUCUAUUAGUGUGGUCAAGUUUAUCAGAUCUCCUGUUGUACUAUACUCAGUUCCCAAUAGGUCAUGUUGGCCUGAUUUAUCCGGACACUGUAUCAUCCAUCGUGGAAUAUCCAAGCGGAAUAUCUGUGGUAGAAUUUUGGACGUUUGCAGAAACCACUUCAUAACUGUAGUAGAUCUCUCAAAGUCGUCAAAUCAUAACCAAAAACAGGUCAGUGCUAAACUAUCGUUGUAAUCCUUCCAUAUUCCUACAGAGAAAAUGUUCCUAAACCAGUACAGUACUGUAGUUUUGGGCGGAUUUUUAUAAGGAUUUCUAGGCAUCAGUUACCCACGGAAGCACUACCGUAGACGUGUUCUUCCUCACUGAUGGAUUAUUUUCCUUGGCCACAGUCACACUACAGCCCAUUUGGUGCUCUCGCUUGCAUUCUUCCUACAAAUUUUAAUAUCUUGUCUUUUUUUUCCUUCGAUCUCUCACAAAAUUGCCUUAGUCCAACUUCCUCAUUUCUAUUUUCUUUAAUGUGUCUGUUGGCUGAGGUAGCUCAUUAUUUUCACAUUAUUUUCGUUUAAUUUAUCUUCAUUGUCAGCCAGUAGCAACUGCUUCUUUUACCUGUAAGCCAAAGGUACACAGCAGUGUUCCUCAACAUAUGUAUUGAGUGAUGCUUUUUGGUCUUCAUCCCAUCAAUUAUGAAGACACUUUGUUACCAAUAUAUUUGAAGAAAAAUACAUGAUAUAUGCCUGACCCUGUUCUACAUGUAGGAACAGGUGACAACACACAUACAUUCAUACACAAAUGCUACACAAACAAACACACACACACACACACACACACACACAUAUAUAUAUAUAUAUAUAUAUAUAUAUAUAUAUAUAUAUAUAUAUAUAUAUAUAUAUAUAUAUAUAUAUAUAUAUAUAUAUAUAUAUAUAUAUAUAUAUACAUGCAAGUACACAGUGUAUUGAAAACCUCGCUUUCUAAUUCUAAUAAAUCUUUCCUUAUUUCUUGAGACGAGCACACCAUCUUCCUAAGGCCUUGAUUAAACAAAUGCUGUGAUGGAUGUUCAUUGCCUUAAAACUAAUCCUAAUUUUUGUCAAACAGCCCACUGAACCUGCCAUGCACUUGACCCAGUUUGAGAGUAGUAAACUGACCUAUAGCCAUAACAAUAAAUCAGACAUGUUCACUGAGCUAAGCGUGAUCUUGUACAGUGUGUUUAUUGCAAAGGUGGGAAAAUUUCUGUAACAAGGUCAACACACACAAACACAGACAUGCAUAAACACACACACACACACACACACACACACACACACACUUAUUAGUGGCACUUGGAAUGUACAAACAGGCAAUAUAUAGUUUCCAAACAACAUUAGAAGUAACUAAUUCUACAAGCACAAACUAUACAACAGAGUAAGAGAUAUACCCCAGCGAGGUAUGAUCAGUGUGCCGGAUACUAUGGGCAGAGACCAUAGAUUUCCUGAGAAUCGCAUUUUUUUUUUUUGAUUGACACGAAGAAUCACUGAACUAACCUGUUAAGGAGGAAGUGGCUUCGCUUCAUUUAUAUGGGGGUUAAAAACUUCCACAGAUUGUACAAAUAUUUCUAAGGUUAACAGAAAAACUUAUUCCAGUUCCACUUGGGUUUAGCCACAGUACUUGGAUUCAUGACAAAAUAUAGUUCCCUAUAAAGGCAUAAAAAUGAUGCCUCAAAAACACAGAUUCGAAAUUGUUGUCAGGUACAGUUGUGAAGUAAGUGGCCAACGUCAAGCAGAACUGGAUUUAGACAAAAUACUCACGGUUCCCGCAUCAGUAUGUUUUGGUUCAUAACUAUUCUCUUCAACACUUACAUCAUUGUGUCCCAGUGAUGGUGACUCUGCAAUGCUCCUACGAUAUGGUUUAUAACCUAGACAACUGUUCUGUUCUGUUCUAGCAACGAUGAGUGUUUAACUUUGUUCCUGAGAGUUUAUAAUUGCGUUCCUCUACGUGUGUUGAUCCACUGACCCUGUACAUGCCCUCCCACCAUUUUUGACAAUAACUAUUGUGAUCAAUACUAAAGAAUUUUUUUUCACAUCAUGCAACCAGGACAAUAACACUUGUUUCAUUUGUCUCUUUGAGUGUUCUAUGUAGAGAGAACAGUUGCAUCUGUGAGUAUGAUAUGACCAGUUCCUAACAUCACAAAGUAAGUGCCCAGAAGAUCUGUUUUGGAGACCCCAGAAUCAGACAGAGUCGUUCCUCUAAUAAGUGUUCUUUAUGUAUAUGAAGAUAGUUUACCAACUAAAGGCAGUGUUGGACAUAUUAUGUUUGUUGUGAGUCUGAUAAGUUCCACAAAUAUAUUUGAUAUAUUGACUAUCCGAAUAGGAUCUCAUAUGGGCACUAUAAAACAACUUCUUAUGAAAAUGUGUGUAUGUACUCUUCCAGUUUUAAAUUUGCGUAAUAAAACAUCGACUCCUUUCUC